AUGCCUGGUGUUUACAUAUCGAAGGUCUAUGCACAGCAUGAUGCAGCUGCACACAAAAGUGGCCAUCAGGAAGAGGGCAACAUUGGUGCAGAUUUGGUUUCAGCAUCAAAUGCCAGAUCUGAAAAGUUCACACAAAAUUUUGAAAAACAUUAUUUGAGGAGUCAAGUCAUAUCGUUCUACUCACGUUCUACUCACUAUUCCAUUUCCAUCAUUCUCUGGAUUGUACAUCUUUUUCAUAUUGCAGCUAACUUGGCAGUGAUUGUGAUCCUAUCCAGAGGAAGGUGUGGUCUCUCCAAAUGCAUCACUUACUACCUCGUAUCCAUGGCAGCGACAGACUUACUGGCCAUUAUUACAGCUGUAAUAUUGAACCGUAUUGUUGGAAUGUAUUUCCCUUUCAGCUUCAUGUUUGUCACCCCAGUCUGUAGUGUCAAUUUUGUGCUAAUGGCUGGAAGCAGGGAUUGUUCUAUCUGGGCAACUGUCGUAUUCACUGUUGAUCGGUUUGUGGCCAUUUCUUGCCCAAAACUGAAGAGAAAAUAUUGUACAGGGAAAGCAGCAGCUGUGAUUAUAGGGGCAUUUUCUGGCAUGAGCUGUUUCAAAAAUACAUUCUGGUAUUUUAUAUAUGAACCAUUAUGUACAAUUGGUAAUAUUCCAUGGCAUUGCAAAAUUAAGUCCAUAUUUUAUACUUCACCUGCAUGGGCUGCAUAUGAUUGGAUUCAUUGCAUUUCAACCCCUUGUCUCCCAUUCGUUUUGAUCUUACUGCUCAAUGCUGUGACUGUCAGACAAAUUCUAAAGGCCAUUCGAAUUCGCAAAAGACUCCGUGUCGGCAAACAGGUGGAAAAUCUGAAUGACACGGAGGUGAACAAUCGGCGAAAGUCCAUCAUCCUGCUCUUCUGUAUCUCGGGCAGUUUCAUCCUGUUAUGGCUGCUAUUUCUGUUAACAUUUCUCUACGUCCGAAUUAAAAACGUAAGUUAUUUCUCGGGUUCCAAUUACAAUGAGUCCAAUUUCAACCUGGAAGAAAGUGGGUAUAUGCUUCAGAUCUUAAGUUCCUGUAUAAACCCAUUUAUUUACACAGGGACCCAGGGUAAGUUCAGACAUGAGUUAAGGAGUGGCAUUCAAUUUUCUGUCAAUUUCAUAUCAAAGAUUUUCAAAUUUUAA